AUGGCUCAGGUCGAACAAUACUUGACCGAUCAUUUGCAUUCCUCAAAAGAACGUCUACUUGAUGAUCCUUCUCAUCCACUCAACUCAGCUGUUCCUUCAAGACCUGGUCCAGAGUUAGACAUCAAGUAUCAUGGUUUACCUGAACCUCCUCAUUACAUUUCACCUCAAUCUCACGAAAAUCAUGAUUCAAUAGAGACCCAAGACAAUUCAGUUGCUACUCGAUCUCUUGAAGAAGAUCGACCUACCGCUUCUGAUCACGUUUCUGAACCCAUUAAAUCAUCCGAUAUCGAAAAGGUCCCCGAUCAAGAUGUCGCUACCAAAGAAACCAUCCCACAUUCGACAUCUGAGGUCGAAAAGGUUGCUGAUCAUGACGAGCCCGAAGAAGCUACCUCACACGUGAUCUCUGAGGCCGAAAAGGUCCCUGAUCAUGAAGAUACCGAGGAAAUCGGCCCACAUUCGACAUCUGAGGUGGUCAAGGACUCUGUACCUGCUCCAAUCUUCGAGGACACGGCAAUGCCUGAAAAAUCGAAACCUGUUCAUGUGAAUGAAGCAAGUGAAGAGCCGUCUAUGGAGCCAGCGCCAACCCAAGAAGUCGUGGAUCAUCCAACUACCUCCGAAGAGCCUGCACCAGUUGAAGAAGCCGUUGAAGCUGAAGAGUCAAAAUCUGUCCCCGAGCCGGUAGCUGUGGAAGAAGUAUCUCCUGUGGAGGAACCGUCUACCAUCACCGAGUCGGAGCCAUUAACCAACGGGAUUUCUCAUGAAGAGGAGACUCCUAAGGAGGAAUCGGAAGUGGUUCGAUCCGAGCCAAACGGUAUCGUUUCACAACCCUCGGUGAACCACAAACAACCUACCACCCAGACCGAGUCUAAUGUCUCAACUCAUGAUUGGACAGACCUGACUCGACCUGAAGUACAAUUUGCUCUCUGUUUGUUUGCCGUCCCAUGGACCUCGCUCCUCAUCACUUCUCGAACACUUAAUCAAAUCUGUUAUAUGAUCUUCGAUUGGCAACUCGUUCAACCAGUCACCGGUUUACUUCUCUCCGUCUUGGCUCCUUCAAUGCUUUAUACAAGUUUGAUUGCUGUCUUUAUUAGUCUCUUGAGUCAAUCUUCAACAGAUCCUUAAGCAGUUUAAAAUCCUUGUUUUUUUUCACAAAUAAAUUAGAAUCGAUUCACUUUUACUUUUUCUUUUUUUCUUCAAUUCAUUUUUUUUUCUUUCAAAACUUAUGCAAAGAUCAUGACAACAAAAAAAUUGUCUUUUUCUUUUGUAUAUAGAAAUCAUCCUUAUAUACAUCUACUUAAUCUUUUCUUAUAUCAUCUUACACAUUAUUAUCAUUCUGUUUGUUUGGUUUCCGGUUUCCUGUUUUCCUUUUUUGCGUUGAGAUAUGAAAUGCUAAUGAUAGUCUUCUACUUAUGAUUUUGUAUGACUUUGAUACUCUUGAUCUUUUUUUUUGUUUUGUUUCUGAUCUAUAGCAAAGAAAAAAAAAUCCGUUUUUUG